AGCCAGUUAAGGGAACGUCGACGGUUCCAGAAAACCAAGAAUCUUCUGACGGGGGAGACGGAAGCAGAUCCAGAAAUGAUAAAGAGAGCAAAAGACUUUGGCCCUGUGGAGGUGAUCUCACAUUGGCACCCUAAUCUCACCAUCAACAUAGUGGACGAUCAUACUCCCUGGGUGAAGGGUAGCGUGCCACCGCCUCUGGACCAAUAUGUGAAGUUCGACGCGGUCAGUGGUGACUACUACCCCAUCCUCUACUUCAACGAUUACUGGAACCUGCAGAAGGAUUACUUCCCCAUCAAUGAGACCGUGGAGCAGCUGCCUUUCCGCCUCUCCUUCUGCCCACUCUCGCUGUGGCGCUGGCAGCUCUAUGCCGCACAGAGCUCCAAGUCCCCGUGGAACUUCCUGGGCGAGGACUUGUACGAGCAAUCGGAUGAGGAGCAGGAUUCUGUGAAGGUUGCUCUUUUAGAGACCAAUCCAUAUCUGCUGGCUUUGACCAUUGUCGUUUCCAUCGUUCACAGCAUAUUUGAGUUUCUUGCCUUCAAAAAUGAUAUCCAGUUCUGGAACAGCAGGCAGUCUCUGGAGGGGCUCUCCGUCCGCUCUGUGUUCUUCGGGGUAUUUCAGUCACUUGUGGUCCUUCUCUACAUCCUGGACAACGAAACUAACUUUGUGGUUCAAGUCAGCGUCUUCAUCGGGCUCCUCAUAGACCUCUGGAAAAUCACAAAAGUCAUGGAUGUCAGGCUGGAUCGAGACAACAAAGUCGCUGGGAUUUUUCCGCGUUUAACCUUCAAAGACAAAUCAACAUAUAUAGAAUCGUCUACUAAAGUCUACGAUGAUAUGGCAUUCCGGUAUCUCUCGUGGAUUCUCUUCCCCUUGCUCGGCUGCUACGCCGUGUACAGCUUGCUGUACGUGGAGCACAAGGGCUGGUACUCGUGGGUCCUGAGCAUGCUCUAUGGCUUCCUUCUGACAUUCGGUUUUAUUACAAUGACUCCGCAGCUGUUCAUAAACUACAAACUGAAGUCAGUAGCCCACCUCCCCUGGAGGAUGCUCACCUACAAAGCACUCAACACCUUCAUCGAUGACCUCUUUGCCUUUGUGAUCAAAAUGCCCAUGAUGUACAGGAUAGGCUGCCUCCGAGACGAUGUCGUCUUCUUCAUUUACCUGUAUCAGCGCUGGAUCUACCGGGUGGAUCUGACGCGCGUCAACGAAUUCGGGAUAAGUGGGGAGGGCCAAGUCCCUCAGCUAACACAAGGUACCACUCCAGUGGACUGUGCCCCUGCACUGCUACCCGAUGGGGAGGCAACAAGCACCCAGGGGGUGAUAAAGGAGGGCCUGGCUGAUGGCUCCCCUGCCCCAGUGACAGAGGACGUGGCCGAUGGCUCCCCUGGGGCCCAGACGGAGAAAACAGUAGAGGACAAGAAAAAGGACUAACCUGCUCUAACUUUAAUUUUUAAAAAAAGCCUAACUUUCCACUCUCCCCCUUGGAUACUGGACAGAAAGCGAAGGGGGGAAGCUGCUAUGGUCCUCUGACUCCAAAGCUUUUUAU